AUGAAGUAUUACUCUUAUACGCUCGUCUUCCUCUUGUUUUGGUCAGAUACUUAUCGAAUUGCAUCUACAGGAUGUGGUGGUGACGUGGAGGUGUUCCAUCCGAUGGAGCUGGAACGUUCACAAAACACCGGACUACCUAUCAGGGGUACUGUGGCCACCGUAUUCGGCGGCAAAGAUACGGUAAUCGGUAUCAAAGCGGUCGAAGGAGGAGAUCAUUUCCUCGUUCACGGUGAACAGUACUGUUGCCUGCUCCAUCAGUCGUACCUCGUUGAGGGUGGAGUGGUGCCGGAACAUCGGGUGCUCCGGCUACCGUCACCUAUUCGAUCGCUCAACGUGGAACGACACGGAAAGAAUGACCUCCUUCUCUCAUUUCUUCUCGAAAGUGGUAUAUCCCACUACAGUCUCAGCACUAACAUGGAGGACACGUCCUUCGAAUGCCUACAAUGCUAUCGCUGCACGCGUCCAAUUCAAUCAGGAUUACUGUGGCGAGAUGGCGGUAUACUUCACGUAGCCUAUUAUGACGGUUUUAUCCGCGUCGGUAUCAUUGUCGAGGAGUACGACGAUAUGCUACUUGUACAGCGUUUGUCGGUCUCCAAAAAUAAUGUGAAUACGUUGUUGGACGUGAUUUUCACAGAAAUCAAACGUCUUUCCGAGUAUGAGGAAGCCGAAAGGGAGAAACGAGUGAGUAUGCUGGAAAAGAUGAAGGCUCUCAAAGCCAAGAUACUCGAUUCACCAGCAGCCAGUGUAACGCAAAAUGGGGAAAAAGAAGAGGAUAACGAUGAGAUCUAUGCUGCUCAUGUUGAAUUUUGUUCGUUGAAAGUCGAAUUCCGCAAUCACUCAGUACGAGCUGACCGUGUGUCUCAACGUCUUAUUGCUCUACGGAAACUGCUGGUCCUUUCACAGAAAGCCAUAGAAGCUCAUAAUGCCAUGACGAAUUCCAUAUCUCUGAUCCAAUCGGAACUGGACGAGUUAACACGCUUCUCUCAAUUACAUGAUCAGUGUUUACAAAGUGGUGAUUUCAAUUUGAUCGAGAAAAGUCGAGCAGUUUUUGAAGAGCGAAAAUAUACGGUACAGGAAUUGAUGCGUAAAGCAAAAGCUGGCGAUAUGAAGACACUGAUCUCUGAAUGGGAAAAGAAGAACCCAUUUCAGGUGUCGAACAUCAUUGAAUCGAUGAACGGUAGUUGUGAUUCUGCUAAAGACAUGCGACUCAUUUUAUCACAACAUAUUUUCGAGCAUCGAGCUGAAAAGAAUGAUCACUUCACUCAUUUCCUUCUCGACGAUACUCAACGGGAACCGACGCUUUAUUGCCUUUCUGGUCUCACCACGUUGGCAGUAUAUCCACGAAAAGGAAAACGGUGUGUCCAAAUUGUUACAGUUGAAGUGCCGAAGGUAGCCUCAAUCUCCUUGGAUUCGUCUUAUGAAACUCGUCUUACUGCUGCUUGUCUAAUGCGUGGUGUUGAAGGUGUCUAUGUCACCGAUGACAAGGAAGUCUUUCCUAUCUAUUUUUAUCGGGAAAAGCGAUUCUUCGAUGCUGGAAAUCCUAUUUCCUUGCCUUCGUUUGAUCACUUGACUUCUAUUCUCAUGGAGCACGAUGGAAUGGAUCUUGAGGAUCACUACUUUGAAUACCUUGUUUCCUUGUUUCUUUUACCAGUACUGUCUUCUUCCGUUUUCAGCAGUCUCAUGGCUCAUCCUUUCUCUCACGGUCCCAUAAAUGAUUUGAAGAUUCUUUCAACAGAGGAUACCUACCUAGCCUUACAUUGUUCUGACACUGAAGUCGUGAUAUCUGAGCGAGAUCAUGAUCGUUGGCAUCGUGUCACCUACCACUCAGGGGGUGCUAUUUGCCUUGCCAGUACGCCAUUUUCACUCGAUCAUCGUGGUGCAUUUGCCGUUACUGGUAGUAAGACUUAUGUACGCAUCAAAGCCUUACAUUAUACUGAGGACAAUCUGGUUGGACUGCAUGAUUUGGGGCAAUCACGGGUGACCGACGAAAGUGGCAAAGAUGUUGAGGUACUGAACGUAAGCCUUGAUCCAACUAUGGAAUGUCGGCCACUUCCCUGCAAAUUACGAUACUCCGUUGGGUAUGCCGAUAAAGCGAUCAGGACCUAUGUUGCCCUCCUAACUGGACAGCACGAAUUCACUGUGUCAGAAAAGUUCAUUGCUCAAAUUGAACCUCUUCAUUGUGUUUCAUUGAUGAUCUGUUUCCACGGACGUCCGAUGGGAUGCUAUGCGGCCAGUGGAAAGACGUUACAAGUCUGGAACGAUCUGGAUCGCCAUCAACAGAAGAAAAUGAAAAGUGAACGGAUGGAGUUGAAAAAGGUAUCAUCACAAACACCUCUCCACAGAUUGAAUUUUCGUUUCGGGCUCUCAUUUCUUUAA